UUAAAUUGUCCAAUAACGCAAUCUGAAGUAAUCAAAUGUGUGCAGAAAAUGAAAUCUGGAACUUCUCCAGGGCCAGAUGGCAUUGUUACUGACUUUUACAAGGCCUGUUCAGAUAUAUUUGCACCCAGUUUAACUAAAAUAUUUAACACUAUAUUCGAUUAUGGUUCUUUUCCUGACAGUUGGUUAAAGGCUAUUAUUUCCCCCUUGCAUAAG